AUGGAAAUACAUAAUGAUAUGAGUGUUAGGGUGUAUGUGGAAUUGAAGAAAGAGAACAAACAGUUAGCGAUGUAUCCUUUGUGCAUAACUACAACUGAUAAAAGCGUUGAUACUUGUGUAUCUGGUGAAAGUUGUAUUGAAGGUGAAUUUUUGCAAAUUGGUUACAUAAAACAAACAAAUGCUAUGGAAAUAGUAGUGAGUGGAGACUUAGCUUCUUCAAGUUGUGGCAAUGCCGUUACUGUGUUCGAAAAUGACACAAAUCUGGUUAUAUCAAAUAAGAACCAAAAAGAGGUUGUUGUUGAUCAAGUUUACAAGGACAAAGAUACACUGAAGGCUGUUAUGGCGAAUUAUGCAAUUUCCAACAGGUUCAAUUUUCGUGCCGAGAGGUCAAAUGCGAUAAGCUAUACACUAGUAUGUGUGUCUGAAGAGUGUGAUUGGAAAUUUAGGGCAUCGAGUGUUGGUAAAUCAGAAAUGUUCAUGGUUAGGGAGUUUCGUGACAAGCAUACAUGUCCGCUAAAAGAUAAGGUGUAUUCACAACGCCAUGCGACAGGUUGGUUUAUAGGUGGAAUUGUAAAACCAAAAGUAGCCAACCAUAAGAGGAAAUACACACCUAAUGAUAUAGCGGAGGAUGUAAGAAAUGAUCUUGGAAUGGAUGUGUCCUAUAUGGUCGCUUGGCGGGCUAAGGAAAAAGCAAUGAAGGAUUUAAUGGGUGAACCAUCGGAUUCUUACAAAAAAUUACCUGGGUACCUAUACAUCUUGGAUAAAAUGUAUCUAGGUUCACAUAUAAGAAUGCGAAAAUCCGACGAAAACGAGCUUCUGUAUCUGUUUAUAGCAUUGUAUGCAUUCAUCAAAGGGUUUGAUUGUUGUAGGCCAAUUGUUGUAGUUGACGGGAGCCACCUCAAAACAGCAUACAACGGAACGUUCGUUUCAGCAAGCACGUUAGACGGUGCAGGUAAUAUACUUCCUUUAGCAUAUGGUGUGAUAGAUUCAGAAAAUGACAGGUCUUGGACGUGGUUCUUUUAG